AUGUAUGGUCUACUAUUACAAUCAGCUGUUGAAAUUAUUCGAGAUAAAUAUGGACAAGAAACGUGGGAACAAAUAAAAACAACACUUAAUAUUGAUGUUAAUUCAUUUUCAGCUUUUCAACAAUAUGGUGAAACAUUAUUUAUACGAAUUGUGCAACUUUUAAGUCAAAUGAAGAAUGAACCGUUGAGUGAUGUUAUGGAUCUAUUUGGUAUUGAAUUUGUUUCAUAUAUAUCUACUUAUGGUUAUGAUCGAAUAUUAAGAAUUCUUGGACAUAAUAUGAGAGAUUUUUUGAACGGUUUGGAUAAUUUACAUGAAUAUAUGCGUUAUAGUUAUCCACGAAUGCGUCCACCAUCAUUUUAUGUUGAAAAAGAAACUGCUGAAGGUCUUACAUUGCAUUAUCGUAGUCGACGACGAGGCUUUGUUCAUUAUGUAGUUGGUCAAAUAACUGAGAUUGGUCGUCGUUAUUACAACACAGAUGUUGAAAUUGAAAUAAUUAGUGAACGAGAAGAAUUAGAUGUAACAUAUGUUAUAUUAGAACUUAAAUUUGAAAAUACAGCAUUCGUAAAAGAAACAAUAGCAAACAGAGAUUCAAAUGACCUUGAUUUAUCACUUGAUAGUAAUACUUUUUUUGAAUUAUUUCCAUUUCAUAUGGUUAUAUCAGAAUCAUUAAAAAUUAUAUCAGCUGGAGAUUCAUUAACACAACUUUUUCCAAAUAUUAUUGGUGAAUUAGUACGCGACAUAUUUCAUCUUAUUCGACCUAUUAUUACAUUAAAUUGGGCACACAUUAUUUCGUAUUCGAAUAAUGUAUUUGAAUUUACAACAAUGGAACCAUUACGUAAACGAAUACAGGAAAAUAAUACACAAAUAAAUGAUGCAAGCAAACAAAAUGAUUCUGAAAUGCUUUUAACUAUGUCGCCACAACGAGAUAAUCAAGAAAUAUAUUUACGACUUCGUGGUCAAAUGUUAUAUUUACAUGAAUGGAAAACAAUUAUUUAUUUAGCAACACCAGUCCUAGAAAAUCUUGAUGUUAUGAUUGAUACUGAUUUAUUUAUAAAUGAUCUUUCAAUGCAUGAUUCAAGUCGAGAUUUAGUCUUAGCUGGUACACAACAAAGUGCUGAACUUAAUUUAGCACUUGAUCAAGAAAAACAAAAAAGUAAAGCAUUAGAAGAGAGUAUGAAAAAAUUGGAUAUAGAAAUGAAAAAAACUGAUUUACUUUUAUAUCAAAUGAUACCAAAGAAAAUUGCUGAUCGAUUACGUAAUGGUGAAACAACAGCUAAUCUUUGUGAAACAUUUGAAAGUUGCACAGUAUUAUUUAGUGAUGUUGUUGGUUUUACAUCAAUAUGUGCAUCACUUACACCAAUGGAAGUUGUUUCUAUUCUUAAUGAAAUGUAUACUAAAUUUGAUAAAUGUUUGGAAAAUCAUAGUUGUUAUAAAGUUGAAACAAUUGGCGAUGCUUAUAUGUUAGUAAGUGGUUUACCUGAACGUGCUCGAAAUCAUGCUUCAGAAAUUAUUGAUAUGGCAUUUGAUAUGCUUGAUGCAAUUAUUACUGUAUCAAAUCCAACGAAUAAUGAAAAACUUAAAAUACGUAUUGGUUGUCAUAGUGGUCAAGUUAUUGCUGGUAUAGCUGGAAUUAAAAUGCCUCGUUAUUGUCUUUUUGGUGAUGCAGUAUCAAAAGCGAAUAUAAUAGAACAAACUUGUAAAGCAUUACAUAUUCAUAUAAGUUAUGAAACAUAUAAAUUACUUGAUCAAAAAUUAUAUGAAUUUGAAGAACGUUUGAAAAUGACAAUAAAUGGUUCUUUACCAAUGAAUACAUAUUUUGUAUUAAGUAAAAAAGAUCGAUUAGGAAAUAAGCAAAUACGUCCAUUUCAUCAUGUUUUCGAAGAAAUGAAACAACAAGAAAUUGAAGAAACUAAAUUAAAACAAAUGAAAACUAUCAAAUCUGUAAAAAUCAAUGAUUCUCUACCAGUUACAUCAAAAUUAAAUGGUAUUACUCAAUCAUUAAGUUCAAGUAAUUCUAUAUCUAGAUCAGCAGGUUCUGUUGAAUUAACUACAUCAACUAAAAUAAAUAGCAAUGAUGUUAUAUCACAUCGUGCUGAAAAUAAUAUAACAAAUCCUAGAAUUAAUAAUAAUCAAUCAUCAAAAAUGCAUGAAACUGCUAGUGAACCACGUCAAUCAAUAACAUCCUUUCAAGGACGACUACGUAGUAGAACAUGUGAAUUACUUUGA